AUGGAUGCUGCACAAAAACUGUUUGAUGAAAUGCCACAUAAAGACGAGUUAUCAUGGACUACAAUAAUCACAGGGUAUAUAAGAAAUGACGAUUUACACGGUGCAAGCCAAGUCUUUGAUGGUAUGAACAAUGAAAAGCAAGUAGUGGCAUGGAAUGCAAUGAUUUCCGGAUACAUGCAUAAAGGGUUUGUUUCUGAAUCAUUAGAAAUGUCAAAAAAGAUGAAUCUUUUAGGAAUCAAGUUUGAUGCAUUCACUUAUACAAGUAUCCUUAGUGCUUGUGCCAAUGCUAAAUUGUUUCUCCAUGGAAAACAAAUACAUGCAUACAUGAUCAGAACUGUAAUAAACCCAUCUCACCACUUUCUAUAUAGUGUCAACAAUGCGUUGAUUACAUUAUACUGGAAAUGUGGUAAAACAGAUGAUGCAAGAAAGAUUUUCGAUAGGAUGCCAAUAAGAGAUCUUAUUUCAUGGAACAACAUUCUAUCUGCUUACGUUGAUGUAGGCCGAAUCGAAGAAGCCCGAUUGGUAUUUACCAAAAUGCCCGAAAAAAACCACGUGACAUGGAGUGUGAUGAUAUCAGGAUUUGCCCAAAACGGAUCAGGAGAAGAGGGUUUGAAGCUUUUCAACCAAAUGAAAUCUACCGAAUGUCAACCAUGUGAUUAUUCAUUAGCAGGCGCGAUUAAAUCAUGUGCAGCUAUCGCGUCAUUAAACCAUGGACGCCAACUCCAUGCUCAACUUAUCCAAUCAGGGUUUGAAUCGAGUCUUUCCGCUUCCAAUUCUUUAAUCACAAUGUACGCACGAUGUGGGGUCCUUCAAGAUUCACAGUCUGUAUUCCUUACAAUGCCAUGUUUAGAUUCGGUGUCUUGGAACGCGAUGAUUGCAGCUUUCGGGCAGCACGGGCAUGGUGCUCAGGCAAUUGAGCUUUUUGAAGAAAUGCUAAAAGAGGACAUAGUUCCCGACCGAAUAACAUUCCUCACGAUUCUUUCUGCUUGUAGCCACUCGGGUUUAAUUGACCAAGGUCAACGGUAUUUCAACUCGAUGAAAGAUUCGUACGGUAUAACCCCGGGUGAAGAUCAUUACGGUCGUUUGAUUGAUUUGUUAUGUAGAGCCGGGAAAUUCACCGAAGCAAAAAACGUGAUUGAAAAAUUACCAUUCUACCCCGGUGCACCGGUUUGGGAAGCACUACUUGGUGGGUGUAGAAUCCAUGGAAAUAUGGAGUUAGGGGUUGAGGCUGCAGAAAGACUUUUUGAAUUAAUCCCGGAUCAUGAUGGGACCUACAUACUUUUAUCAAACAUGUACUCCAACUCGGGAAAAUGGAACGAUGCUGCACAGGUUCGGAAUUUGAUGAGGUCUCGAGGAGUGAAGAAAGAGCCUGCAUGUAGUUGGAUUGAAGUUGACAAUAUGGUCCAUGUAUUUUUGGUGGAUGACACUAAGCACCCUGAGGUUCAAAAGGUGUAUGAGUACCUUGAGGAAUUGGUUUCUAAAAUGAGGAAAUUAGGAUAUGUUCCAGAUACGAAGUUUGUGUUACAUGAUAUGGAGAAUGAGCAAAAGGAAUACGCAUUGUCUACUCAUAGUGAAAAGCUUGCGGUUGCUUUUGGGCUUUUGAAGCUUCCUUCAGGAGCUAUGAUUAGGGUUUUCAAGAACUUGAGGAUUUGUGGGGAUUGUCAUAACGCGUUUGAGUUCAUGUCGCAAGUUGUGGAGAGAGACAUUGUUGUGAGAGAUGGGAAGAGGUUUCAUCAUUUCAGGAAUGGGAAAUGUUCUUGUGGCAAUUACUGGUGA